AUGGAUGCUUCAGGCUUUUCAUUUAGCCCUUUUUCUUUCUUCUCCAGCUCCAAUACUUCUCACAAAGAAAUCGAACCAUUUGAUUUCUUUAAGGAAAAAAAUGAAAUGGAUCAAAUGGAUCUCAAAAACCCUAAUCCAGGUCAUGAAGAAGAAGAGGAUGCCAUUAAUGUUUCCUUGCACAUUGGCCCUCCAAACUGCACCAAUGUCUCUUUAGAUUCAAGUGAUCAAUGCAGUAAAGCUGCAAAUUUAGCUGCAGCCACUCAAUAUUGGAUUCCAACUCCUGAACAAAUCCUGAUGCAUAUGUGGGGUCAUGGUUCGGAAUAUCGUAGAGGACCUGAAUCUCUUAAGGGAGCGAAACCGCGGGCCAUGCUUGGUAUUCCAUGCUAUUGCUGUGAAGAAGGGUGCAAGAACAACAUAAACACCCCAAGAGCCAAACCACUCAAGGAUUUUAGGACUCUACAAACGCAUUACAAGAGAAAACAUGGGAUGAAGCAAUUUGCAUGUCGAAAAUGUGGCAAGUGCUUGGCCGUUAAAGGUGAUUGGCGAACCCAUGAAAAGAAUUGUGGCAGACGCUGGCUUUGCGUUUGCGGGUCUGAUUUCAAGCACAAAAGGUCGCUCAAAGACCAUAUCGCAUCGUUUGGGUCGGGUCAUGAACCCGCUGCUUCUUCUUCUUCUUCGUUUGAUGGGAUCGAUGUAUAUUAG